GACUCCGCGGCGGCCCCGGAUUCAGGCCGGGCCGCGGCUCUCGCCGCCCAGUCCUGCCCAGCCCGACCCGGCCAGCCGCCGAGCCGAGGCCGCCAGUGUCCCGCGCCCCGGAGGAGCAGCCAGCGCGGUCCCCGGGCCCGAUCCCCAUCCCGGCCCCGCCGCAUCCCCGCCCGGCCCCGGGCCCCCAGCCCUUCCUCGCCCCGGGGCCGGGGCCCCCGCCGCCUCCCGGCCCCUGCGCCCCGGCCCCGGUGCCCCGGGCCAUGCGGCCUCGGCCCCGCCGGCGCCCGCCGCGCACCCGAGGAGAUGAGGCUCCGCAAUGGCACCUUCUUGACGCUGCUGCUCUUUUGCCUGUGCGCCUUCCUCUCGCUGUCCUGGUACGCGGCGCUCAGCGGCCAGAAAGGCGACGUGGUGGACAUUUACCAGCGGGAGUUUCUGGCGCUGCGCGACCGUUUGCACGCUGCUGAGCAGGAGAGCCUUAAGCGCUCCAAGGAGCUCAACCUGGUGCUGGACGAGAUCAAGAGGGCCGUGUCGGAGAGGCAGGCGCUGCGAGACGGAGAGGGCAAUCGCACCUGGGGUCGUCUAACAGAGGACCCCCGACUGAAGCCGUGGAACGUCUCCCACAGGCACGUGCUGCACCUGCCCACCGUCUUCCACCACCUGCCGCACCUACUGGCCAAGGAGAGCAGUCUGCAGCCUGCGGUGCGCGUGGGCCAGGGCCGCACUGGAGUGUCCGUGGUGAUGGGCAUUCCGAGCGUGCGACGCGAGGUGCACUCGUACCUGACAGACACGCUGCGCUCACUCAUCUCCGAGCUGAGUCCCCAGGAGAAGGAAGACUCGGUCAUCGUGGUGCUGAUCGCCGAGACUGACCCACAGUACACGUCAGCAGUGACGGAGAACAUCAAAGCCCUGUUCCCCACAGAGAUCCAUUCUGGGCUCCUGGAAGUCAUCUCACCUUCCCCCCACUUCUACCCUGACUUCUCCCGCCUCCGAGAGUCCUUUGGGGACCCCAAGGAAAGAGUCAGGUGGAGGACCAAACAGAACCUCGACUACUGUUUCCUCAUGAUGUAUGCGCAGUCCAAAGGCAUCUACUACGUGCAGCUAGAGGACGACAUCGUAGCCAAGCCCAACUACCUGAGCACCAUGAAGAACUUCGCCCUCCAGCAGCCCUCGGAGGACUGGAUGAUCCUGGAGUUCUCACAGCUGGGCUUCAUUGGGAAGAUGUUCAAGUCGCUGGACCUCAGCCUCAUUGUGGAGUUCGUCCUCAUGUUCUACCGGGACAAGCCCAUCGACUGGCUCCUGGACCACAUUCUGUGGGUGAAGGUCUGCAACCCCGAGAAGGAUGCGAAGCAUUGUGACCGGCAGAAGGCCAACCUUCGGAUCCGCUUCAAACCCUCCCUCUUCCAGCAUGUGGGCACACAUUCCUCGCUGGCGGGCAAGAUACAGAAACUGAAGGACAAGGACUUUGGGAAACAAGCCCUGCGGAAGGAGCAUGUGAACCCGCCAGCGGAGGUGAGCACGAGCCUCAAGACGUACCAGCACUUCACCCUGGAGAAGGCCUAUCUGCGCGAGGACUUCUUCUGGGCCUUCACGCCCGCCGCGGGGGACUUCAUCCGCUUCCGCUUUUUCCAGCCACUGCGCCUUGAGCGGUUCUUCUUCCGCAGCGGAAACAUCGAGCACCCAGAGGACAAGCUCUUCAACACAUCCGUGGAGGUGCUGCCCUUUGACAACCCACAGUCGGAGAAGGAGGCCCUACAGGAGGGUCGCUCAGCCACUCUACGGUACCCCCGGAGCCCUGAUGGCUACCUCCAGAUAGGCUCCUUCUACAAGGGUGUUGCAGAAGGUGAGGUGGACCCUGCCUUUGGCCCCCUGGAAGCACUGCGCCUCUCCAUCCAGACUGACUCCCCGGUGUGGGUCAUUCUGAGCGAGAUCUUCCUGAAAAAGGCAGACUAAGUGGAGGGUUUCCGAGGGUGCUCUGUGGCCAACUCUGAAGCCCACGAUCCGGAGGAUGUCUUUGCUGCUGCCCCUGGAGGGCCAGGCGCAUCCACUCUGCCCAGAGGGUUCAGCCGGCCUGGGGUCCGCCGCUGGCCCGGAGGCCCCAGGAGCUGGUGCUGCCCCCGCCUGCCCGGCCGCAGGAGGAGGCAGGCGGCCCCCACACUGUGCCUGAGGGCCGGCCCGCUGCCGCCCGAACCGAGAACCGAGAACGAACCGUUCGCACCGGCUGGCUUGAGCCAGGCCGUUUUAGAAGAGCUUUUUCUUGGGCGUCUGCUGUCUCUGGCGCGAACACUGGAAUGCAUAUACUACUUUAUGUGCUGUGUUUUUUAUUCUUGGAUACAUUUGAUUUUUUCACUUAAGUCCACAUAUACUUCUAUAAGAGCGUGACUUGUAAUAAAGGGUUAAUGAAGUAUGUGCUUCU